CUCUCUCUCUCUUCCCUUUUUGCUGCGGUUGGAAGCAUUCUGGCGGAUUGGAUUGGUGUUCAUUCUCUCUCUCUCUCGACUUUCUGUCUCUGAGCUAUGAGAAGAAUUUGAUUUUAGGGUUUGGUGUUGCAGAAGCCGAGAAUUUGUUUGUCAGUUUGAUCGGCACAACUUUUGGGGCUCUUUUUGACUGGGAUUGGAGUUGGGUUUGCUUCAAAUCUUCUGGGUUUCGACUCUGGUUGCAAUUCGAAAUGGAGAGGGACUUCUUGGGCUUGAAUUCUAAAGAUUCUUUGGUUACAGUCAAGGAAGAGGCCGUUGAAGGAUGCCAAGACCCAGGUGCUUCAUUUUCAAAAGAUUCAGGCGUUCGCUGGUCCUUGCCAAACAAGGUUUCUACUCUUUUUCAUUUUAUGUCACUUAAGGUUGCUCAAGAGGAAAAGACUGGAACUACAGGUUCAUUUGACACAGCUCACAAGAACUUUGCAGGUGCUACUGUGAAGCCACAAUUACUUGGAGGGAUCCCUGUAACAGCACCACAUUCAAUACUCCCUUCUCUUGGUUCUGUUGGGGGAACCACUGAAUCACGGUUCAGUUCCAAGCCUGGAGCUCCUGCUCAAUUAACCAUCUUCUAUGCGGGGACUGUGAAUGUGUUUGAUGACAUUUCCCCUGAGAAGGCUCAGGCCAUUAUGUUCUUGGCGGGAAAUGGAUAUACCAAUGUUGGAAACAUGGCACAGCCAAGGGCUCUGGCUCAGGUCCCUGCCUUCAAGCAGGUUGGGGGAGCUGGGGUUCUUUCCAAUCAGCCCACUAAUGCAUCACCUAGCUCUAGCCUCUCGAGCCCCAUAUCUGUUUCUUCACAUCCAUUAGGCCAGUCUAAUGGUGGUUCUAGUACCAAUGAUGAAGUGAUGGCAGUUAAAUCAACUGUGGUCUCAAGCACUCCAGCUAGCAAAGUUGACCCUCCAGAAGUAGUCACUCCAAUAAGAACAAUUCCGGCAGAUGUUCCCCAGUCCCGCAAAGCAUCUUUGGCCCGUUUCCUCGAGAAGCGCAAAGAAAGGGUGAUGAACUCGGCUCCAUACAACCCGUGUAAGAAAUCUCCUGAAUACGACCGUGACACACCAGGACUUGGCGGUGCAAGUCCUGCUGGUUCUCCCAACCAGCAAGGGGAGCGGCUGUGAUGCCCAGGUGCCAAUCUUCAACCUGGAAACUAAUGCAAUGUUAUGUAGUAAGAUAUAUACAGAUGUAGUAGCUCCAAUGGACUUUGCUGUCCUAUUCUACUUUUGUUAUCUCCCACUUGUUGAGACUUUUGAACUCGACCAACUUCAGUCUCUUUAUGUAAAAUUUAGCACACUUAACAGACUUUGUGAUGUAACUCAACGUCAGUGACGCAACUGGAAAGUGUUGGCUUUGUGAAUCUAAGCUUGUGCUUAGAAGA